GGAGAUCAGUCUCACUCAGAACUCACACCACUCUGCUGGCUACUCUGUUAGUAGUCUACUGUUUCCUCCUCUAGGGGGGUCAGGGUCUCAGUGUGUCAGAACAGGAAGGAGGAGGAGGAGGGUCUAUAAGUCUAUAACUGGAGAUUACAGAGUCUCACUCAGCAUCAAGACAUGAGAGAACUGACACCACUCUGCUGGCAGCUCUUGCUGUUGAGUACACUGGUAUACUGUAGCCUCGGACAAGGUGGAGAUCUCUCUCUUCCAGCCUCUCUGAGUGUCAGUCCUGACAGAUCUCAGUUCUUUAAAUAUGAGUCUGUCUCUCUGAGCUGUGAGGUUCAGGGGAACUCUGCUGGAUGGAGAGUGGUGAGGAACACAUCGAGAGGAAUCCUUUCAGAGUGUCAUACUGACUGGGGAAAACAACAAGGGUCUUCAUGCAUCGUGUCACUAAUACCAUCAGACAGUGGAGUGUACUGGUGUGAGUCUGGGUCUGGAGAACACAGCAAUGCUGUCAACAUCACAGUACAUGCUGGAGCUGUGAUCCUGGAGAGACCUGCCCUUCCUGUGACUGAGGGAGAUUCUGUGACUCUGCGCUGCAGAUAUCAGGGAACUCCCUCUGACCUCACAGCUGUUUUCUACAAAGAUGGAUCCCUCAUCAGGACUGAGACUACAGGAGAGAUGACCAUCCCUGCAGUAUCCAAGUCAGAUGAAGGACUCUACAAGUGUACCAACUCUGAAGGAGAAUCACCAGACAGCAGGAUGACUGUGACAGUUCCAACUCCCAUUCCAUCUCCAGCAGUCCCAGUGUUGUCCAUGUCUCUACCCAGGCUGCUGUGUAGUCUACUGGUGGGGUCUCCCUACCUGCUGGUGACCAUCAUACUGCUGGUGAAAGGCUGCAGGAGUAGGACUCAAGGUGAAACCAGGGUACCCAGGAAGACCCACCAAGACCAAUUAGGUGAUCAUGUUGAAGAAGAGUGAGGCUGAGAUCACCUGAUCACCAUAACAACCAUCAGAAUGGAACUCAUGGAAUUCUAAUAUAGAACUGUGAGUCACAAUGCUGUAUGUUGUUACAUUGUAGCUCCACCUGCUGGAACAAUAGUGGCAUUUGAUCAAAUGUGAUCUAUUAACUGAUACAUGUAUUAUUCUGAUUGGAAUGUGUUUUAAUAUAAUGUGUGUUGUAUUAUUCAUUCAGCAGCUGUCCUUUAACAUCAGUCAUAUACUGGUCAUAUACUGUAUAGCAUUAUGGUUGAUACAUUGUAAAUGCCUUCACUUUUCAUGUCUAUACAGAUCAACUGAUAGGUGUUGAGGUUCAGGCAUUAUUGUUACAGGUUCAGUAUAAUGUUAUACCGUUACAUGUUACAGAGAUAGAAAACAUACAGGAGAGGAGAAUUCAAUUAUUAUAAUUAUUUACUUUAUUUUUCCCAUUUUGGUCUCUAUAGUUGUUCAUCAUUAUUUGAUUUAAACAUGAAACUAAUGUAGUCCUUUUGUUUUAUUGUGGUUGUUUUGUGCAAAACCAUUAUUUUUCAAUGAAUCAUCCAGGUAAGAUAUUGCUUUUGUCUUUGUAGCAUAUAGAAUGAAAUAAAUGAUUUUCUUCAA